AUGUUAUCGAAUGCCAGAUUUCCUGGCUCUGCCAUAACAGAGGAAACAAGUCAGCAUGGGUCGGACAACUCGGCGAGCCAGUCUGUCUCUCAUGAAAAAGACGCCUACGCACACUCCGAGAAGCAACUCAAGGACAUUCCCGACACAACUACCGAAGAGCUGAAAGCUCCCUAUGCGGAGAAGUCCGCUGAGUCACGAACACAAUACGGUCUGCAUGAUCGCCUUUCAUCAACGCAAGACCACCAAGCAGAGCUCGAAGCAGGGGUCCAUAGACCGUCCCUCGAUGACCUUCGCUCAGAUCAGUCAUCCCAGAGAAGCCCGAUGAGUCGGGUGACUACCGAUGCUGAUGGCAAUACCUAUCCCGAGGGCGGCUUGGAAGCAUGGCUGGUUGUCUUUGGAAGUUUUAUGGGACUAUUUGCAUCUCUCGGCCUCAUCAACACCAUCGGUACUUUCCAAGCCUAUCUGCAAGCUCACCAGCUGCGAGAGUACACGCCAGGGAACACAGGGUGGAUCUUUGGCGUGUACUCGUUCCUGACCUUCUUCUGCGGAGUCCAGAUUGGUCCAGUGUUUGAUGCGAAGGGCCCACGCUUUCUCGUGUUCGCGGGCUCUGUCCUGACCAUGGCGAUGACGAUCGCACUAGGAUUCUGCACUCAAUAUUGGCAUUUCAUGAUCGUAAUCGGUGUUGCCGGAGGAAUAGGCGCCUCAUUGAUCUUUACGCCUGCAAUAUCCGCAGUGGGUCAUUUCUUCAACGAGAGACGAGGUGUUGCUACUGGUCUUGCUGCUACCGGUGGCUCUGUCGGGGGUAUUGUCUUCCCACUGGUCCUAGAAGCCCUUUUCCAGAAGAUUGGCUGGGCAUGGGCCACCCGCGUCGUCGCUCUUAUCUGCCUGGUUUUGCUGGUUAUUUCAUGCGUGCUGGUGAAAUCCCGCCUCCCCAAAAAACCAGCAUCGCGAGAGAACGUGCUCCCAGACUUCCGGAUCUUCCGAGAUCCAAAAUUUGCCCUCACGACGGCAGGCAUAUUCUUUGUGGAAUGGGGUCUCUUUGUCCCCAUCAGCUAUAUCUCCUCAUAUGCCCUGGAUCAUGGCGUCUCGACCAAGCUGUCAUAUCAGAUGGUAGCUUUUCUCAACGUGGGCUCGUUCUUAGGCAGGGCGAUUCCUGGUUUUAUUGCAGACUUUCUGGGCCGCUUCAACACGUUGAUCGUCACAGUUGCUCUCUGUCUGGUGUGCAACGCAUGUCUCUGGCUUACUGCGGGCGAUAGUGUCCCCCUAAUGAUCGUGUAUUGCGUGAUAUUCGGUUUUGCAAGUGGCAGCAACAUCAGUCUCACUCCGGUCUGUGUCGGACAAUUAUGCAAGAUUGAGAACUAUGGAAGAUACUACGCAACGGCAUACACAAUUGUGAGUUUUGGCACUUUGACCGGUAUCCCCAUCGCUGGUGAGAUCCUCAGCCGUUGCAACGGAGAGUACUGGGGCCUCAUCGUCUUUACGACUUGUUGCUAUGCUGUGGGCUUAGCGUGUGUCACUUCAGUGAAGCUUGUCCACGUUGGCUGGCGUCAACCGUGGGUUGUUUACUAA